AGGGAGGAGGAGCUGACCAGCCCGAGGCUGCGGCUUGUUUCCAUGGCAGCCUCCCACACCUCACUGGUACCCAACCCAGCAGUAGCACGAGAACCAGUCCGAGCAUCCUUAACAGACCCAGCACAGCACCCAGCCUUGCCUUCCGCCUGCUCCGUCCUGGGGACUUCGCUUGCCUUCAUACAUCCUCCGUCCCACCAGCAGGACCAUGUCCACUCACCCUCUUCAGGGCCGAUCGCAGCCCAAGUCCCCUUUCCGGAAGCGAGGCAGCCUGCAGAGCACAGCGAGUCCUGACCUCCGGAGAGCCUGCUGCACUCUCACCACCCAGCGCUCCCUCCCAGGAACACCAGUGUCCAUCCCACUGCUCCCCAUCGACCUACGGACCUCCAUGGACGAGAAGUACCGGGAGAUCGCCCAGGAGCUGUUCUCACGCAGCCUGGUUGACAGUGAGAUGCGCAGCGCCCCCUACCAGUUCCCAGAGGACUGUCCUAUAGAACAGCUGGAGGAACGGCGCCAUCGCCUGGAGAGACAGAUCAGUCAGGAUGUCAAACUGGAGCCCGAGAUCCUGCUUCGGGCCAAGCAGGACUUCAUGAAAACAGACAGUGCAGCUGACCUUGAGCUUUUGAUAGAGCAGGAUGAGUGUUCCGCGGAGCAGACCUUCACCCGGGACAGAGAGCCGGCCCUGGAGAGGGAGUACCAGCGGGUUACUAUCUCUGGAGAGGAGAAAUGUGGGGUGCCCUUCACAGACCUGCUGGACGCCGCCAAGUGCGUGGUGAGGGCCUUGCUCAUCCGACAGAAGUACACGGCACUGUCUCUCCAGAGCUUCUGCAGCACGACGGCACACUUCCUGCAGGAGCUGGGCGGGAGGCCACCAGUGGCAGUGCCAGAGGCUCCCGUCAUUGCAGACACCCCCGUGCACCCCCCUGCUUCAAAGACGCACCCCUACGAGAACCAAGAGCCUAAGAAGAUGCCAGCUGACCUGGGCUUCGGAUGCAAGAUGGUCGACGGUGUGGUCCAUGUCUAUCCCAGCAGGAAUGCGCUAGAAGGCAGCACCGAGCUGGACCUGCCCUACCCUGACCUGCAGGAGUACAUCGGUGACAUGAGUGUUAUGAUGGCCCUCAUCAUCAACGGCCCAGUGAAGUCCUUCUGCUAUCGCCGGCUGCAGUAUCUGAGCUCCAAGUUUCAGAUGCACAUUCUGCUGAAUGAGAUGAAGGAGCUGGCAGCACAGAAGAAGGUCCCACACCGAGACUUCUACAACAUCCGCAAGGUGGACACUCACAUCCACGCUUCCUCCUGCAUGAACCAGAAGCACCUCCUUCGGUUCAUCAAGCGAGCUAUGAAAAAGAGCCUGGGUGAGAUUGUGCACAUGGCGAAGGGCAAGGGCCAGACUCUCUCUGAGGUGUUCGAGAGCAUGAACCUCACGGCCUUCGACUUGAGCGUCGACACCCUGGAUGUUCAUGCCGACCGAAACACCUUCCAUCGCUUUGACAAGUUCAACGCAAAGUACAACCCCAUCGGGGAAUCUAUCCUGCGUGAGAUCUUCAUCAAAACAGAUAAUUAUAUUGAGGGCAAAUACUUUGGACACAUCAUUAAGGAGGUGAUGGCUGACUUGGAGGAGAGCAAGUACCAGAAUGCGGAGCUGAGGCUGUCAGUGUAUGGGCGCUCGCGUGACGAGUGGGACAGCCUGGCACACUGGGCUGUCCGUCACGGCGUCUACUCUGACAACGUGCGCUGGCUCAUCCAGGUGCCCCGCCUCUUUGAUGUCUACCACUCUAAGAAACAGCUGGCCAACUUCCAAGAGAUGCUGGAGAACAUCUUCCUUCCGCUCUUUGAGGCUACCAUCGACCCCCGCAGCCACCCUGAGCUCCACCUCUUUCUCCAGCAUGUGGUUGGCUUUGACAGCGUGGAUGAUGAGUCCAAGCCAGAACAGCACAUCUUCAACCUGGACAGCCGCCUGCCAGGCAACUGGACGGAGGAGGACAACCCACCCUACUCCUACUAUCUCUACUACAUGUACGCCAACAUGACUGUGCUCAACCAUCUGCGCAGGAGGCGGGGCUUUGACACAUUUGUGCUCCGCCCACACUGUGGAGAGGCGGGGCCUAUCCACCACCUGGUGUCAGGUUUCAUGCUGUCAGAGAACAUCUCCCAUGGGCUGCUGCUCAGAAAGGCACCUGUGCUCCAGUACCUGUACUAUCUGGCUCAGGUUGCCAUCGCCAUGUCCCCCCUCAGCAACAACAGCCUGUUCCUUAGCUACCACCGCAACCCCCUCCCUGAGUACCUGUCCCGUGGCCUCAUCGUCUCGCUGUCGACCGACGACCCCCUGCAGUUCCACUUCACCAAGGAGCCCCUGAUGGAGGAGUACAGCAUCGCUGCCCAGGUGUGGAAGCUGAGCUCCUGCGAUAUGUGUGAGCUGGCCAGGAACAGCGUGCUGAUGAGCGGCUUCUCCCACCGGGUGAAGAGCCAUUGGCUGGGGCCCAACUACACGAAAGAGGGCCAGGAGGGCAACGACAUCAGGCGCAGUAAUGUGCCAGACAUCCGCGUGGCGUACCGCUCCGAGACUCUGUGCGAGGAGCUGCAGCUCAUCACCCAGGCAGUCUGCUCCGAGGAGCUGGAGUCCAUCGAGGAGGAGGACAACCUGUCCAUGGCUGCCGUCUCGGGGUCCUGCUAAGCCCCAGGCGAGGAGCCUUCGCUCUCUCUCACGUGUCUGUAACCUGCUAAAGGGUCAGCGUGGGACGGAUUUCUUGGUGCUCUGUGUAUGGGUACAUGCAUAUGUGUUUCCACAAUUGGGAGGGGCGGGGUACAUAAACUCAGAAUGCGAUUCUGAUAGCCAAUGGGCAGCCAGCGUUCUGUGGCUCUGAGCACACAUACACAGAAAUUUUUCUGGGAGCCCUCUUCCAUGUAGUGUUGGGAUGCCGACUGUAGUGUUACUGUAACGUUCUGUGAGUGUUAAGAGACAGGCAGCCAUCCGCACUCCGCCGUCUGAGCGGCCUGGACAGAGCCUCCCGGCAGGGCAGUGUGGCGCCAAUCUGCCUCCCGUCGCGGGGCCUUCUGUCUGCAGUCGCUUCAGCCAGUUACUGUACCUUCCCAUUCUUACCCAUUCCAGGGUCACCGUGCUGUUUGCCUUUAAUCCCAAAUUCAUUAAGCCCCCAUCUUACUCCCAUGCCAUAGAUAAAAUUAACAACUAACUGUCCUUCAUGGGCAAUGGACAAUUUAAACUCCCCCUGAUAGGCUUAUGGUGUGAAAUCCACAUUUCUUAAGGGCACUCCUUAUUACGAUAUAAAAAUGGUCAGAGUGGAAGCCAUUAUUGAUUUAAUGGCUGUUUUUACUGCACUGUUGACAAUAUGGAGAUGUACAGUAGUAGAUUCAGGAAGGUUCAGUGGGGCAAACAGGGGUUUUUUUUAAGCAUGUGAUCUCCUCUAUGACCGCAUUUUGUAAUCUGCCUCCUCGAGGCCUUCAUCCCAAAGAAUUAUGGGAAACUUAUUCAUAUGAUGCCAACUAGACAAUAAUCGUGUAGCUCAGUACAAAGAAGUACAUACUUUGACAGCCUAUUGAGCUCAAACAGUAUUUAAUAAUAAAACAAAAGGUGUAUUUUUGUAAAAUAGCCAUAACAGUUAUAUUUGGAUCUAUAUAAAUAUAGGUGACCUUAGUGACUUUUGUUACCCACUGUUAUUAGUUUAGUCCUCUGCAUGUCUUACCAAUAAUGCUAAAACCGUGUUGAUUCUGAUGUUUAUCAUAUGACAUUUGUGUGGCUGUUAUUGGUAGCUGAGUUUCUUGAUGAUCUCUACCCAUAUAUGUGGGAGCCUAUGAAUGGGUUAUUAUUGUAUUUUAGUUUUUAAGUGUUUCCAUUUUGCCUAGAAGUUCCUGCGAUGCAGACAAUAGGAGUUCAUCUGUUCAUGCUUAAAGUGAUUUUAAAAUUAGGCUAACAACAUCCAGCUUAUAUGAAGAUGGUGGGACAUCACCUAUCAGUGGCAUUACAUUGAGUCACAGAGCCACCAUCAGUGAAUGUGGUAACUGGUAACUGGCCGCAUCUCCAGUGCUCAAUCCAUUUCUCAUUUGCUGGUAAAACACACACAUGUAAAAAAAAAAAAAUUACUAGAUUUUUUAAAACAGCCAUUUAUCAGUGAGGAUGGAUAUAGCUAAUGUUACUAUUGUAUUUUUGGACAUAAAUAUCAUCAAGUCUGCCAAUCAAAUAUUUUUUUGGGUAAAGAGCUUCCAGAAUCAAGUAAACGUGGCUGAAAAUAAAUUCAUUAAUCAUGUAGAAGUCUUUAUAAUUCGGUGUUAUAUGGGUGAUGCUAUUUUGGUCCCUGGGAGGAUCUCAUCUGUUGUUAGAUUAAAUUUACAGCCAAAUAACACACUCACCCAGGCCAGGAAGCCACUGUUACAACUGUACUAAAACAAAACGAGGGAACUCUGCUUUUGAACCUCUUUGCGUCAUCAACUAUUACACUAAAUUGUUGACAGAUUGUGUCAAAGUUGUGUUUUUUUUCUCUUAUAGGCGAUUUUUGAUUAUCAUUGCGUUCUGACGUUUUUUUUCCAAGGAUUUGCAGCCUGUGUCAUUUCUGUUGUCACUCUGGUUUUGCUGUAUGAGUAAAAAUUUCUGGCUGCACUGUUUCUGUGUUGCAUGGCUGGUAUAUUUAAAAAAUAAAAUACGUACAUUCA